AUGGACCAACGAAGUCGUUUCGAUAACAUGACCAACCUCUCAGAAGAUGAUCAGAAGCUCGUCUUCGACUUUGGAUCCGGGGUCCAGGCUUCAGCUCCCCAUCAUACCAUCCAUGGAGCUUUUGAGAGCAUUGUAGAUGUUCAUCCUGGUGUCUUGGCUGCUGUACACGAUGGGCAGAAGAUAACGUACAAACAGCUCGACAUUUCUGCUAACCGUCUUGCAAACUACCUUGUUGGCUCUGGUCUCCUGCCAGGUCAACGAGUGUGCUUAGUGGUACAGAGAUCUCUGGAUAUGCUCGUUGGCAUGAUGGCUAUACUGAAAGCUGGGUGUCAAUACGUGCCCAUCGACGGUGGAGUCGCUUCAGAUCAGUCUUUGCGGCACAUUUUCGAGGAUACAGACGCGCGCUUCAUUUUGUGUCUGCCAAGAUUUUGGGACAGAGUGAACAAAUUCAAGGGCCAAGAUGCAAUCGUCUUAGAGCUAGGCAUGGAAACUGGAGCGUUCUUCUCUCCCACGAGACCUGGUAUCAAAGUCUCUCCGGAAGACGGUGUUUAUGCCAUGUAUACAUCAGGUGUGGAUGUUAAACACACCACCAUGACAAAUGCCCUUCUGCUAGAACCUGGGAAGUUAGGGAUGACCGUCGGCACUAAAGUUGCUCAGGUCUUGAGCAUCUCUUUUGCCAUGGGUGCAUGGGAGAUGCUUGGCUCAUUGGUCAAUGGGGCAACUCUCUACCUUCGAACUUCUGACUGGAGCGCGACGUUGACCCAGGUCGAUACCUUGAUCUGCACACCGUCCAUCCUCGCCAAACAUUCGCAAAGAGACUUCCCGAAUAUCAAAACAGUUGCUGUAGCAGGAGAAGCUUGCCCGCAGUCGUAA